AUGUUGAAAGACUCGGCAAGCGUUGACUUUGAUGUGGUCAUUGUUGGUGCAGGUAUUUCUGGCAUCAACUUUGCGUACCGCUUACAGCAGCGCAAUCCAGAUCUGAGUUACUGCAUCUUGGAAGGUCGACAUGAAAUUGGAGGGACCUGGAGUCUUUUCCAGUAUCCCGGAAUACGUUCGGAUUCCGACCUGUUUACCUUUGGGUUCUCUUGGCGACCAUGGACAGGGAAACAAUCCAUUGCAAAUGGGCCCUUGAUCUUGGAUUAUGUUAAAGAAUGUGCCAAGCAAGAGGGAAUCGACAAGAAGAUAAGAUACUCUCACUUCGUUAACAGCAUGCACUGGUCGUCAUCGUCCAAGACAUGGGCUGUAAAAGUGACCACUGGUGAGGCAGAGAAAACAGAGAGAACUUUGCAAACCCGUUUCGUAUUCAUGGGAACAGGAUACUACGACUACGAUGAACCAUUGAAGGUCGAUAUUCCCGGCAUUCAAGACUUCAAAGGAACUGUGAUCCACCCCCAGUUUUGGCCAUCCGACUUGGACUAUACAGAUAAGCGUAUGGUCAUAAUAGGCUCUGGUGCAACUGCCAUCACAAUUCUCCCUUCUGUGGCAGCAGAAACCGCUCAUGUGACAAUGCUUCAACGCUCACCCAGCUAUGUCAUGUCCCUUCCGGCCGAAGGAACUUUUGAGACAGUCACAAGAAAGGCACUUCCACGCGGAGUAGCACACAGUCUGAUUCGAUUCAAAUGGAUACUCACUUCCUUCAUGUUGGUAUCCUUCUGCCGAAAAUUUCCCAACGCGGCUCGCAACUUCUUUCUCCGCACGAUCGCGAAACAAUUGCCAGAAGGCACGGCGAUGGAUCCCGACUUUACGCCAAGCUACAACCCAUGGGAGCAGCGGGUAUGCAUGUGCCCAGACGGAGAUUUCUACAAGGCGCUGGAAAGCGGCAAGGCCAGUAUUAAAACAGGAGCCAUUGAGACAGUCACAGAGUCAAGUAUACGUCUGACUACCGGCGAGGAGCUUCACCCAGACAUCAUUGUUACGGCGACGGGACUCAAAAUGAAAAUGGGUGGAGGAAUUAACAUUUAUGUUGAUGGGGAAAGAUACGAUCUUUCGCAACAUUACCUGUGGAAAUUUGCCAUGGCUGAAGACUUGCCCAAUGUUGCUUUCGCUUGGGGUUAUGUAGAUGCGAGUUGGACACUCGGCGCGGACGCAACCUCACAAUUGACAUGCCGGCUCCUGAAUCGAAUGAAGGAGAGACGGGUUCAGGCCGUGGUACCAAGGCUUCAUCCGCACUUGAGAUCGAACAUGAAGGAUUUGUCCAUAAUGGCACUUAGCGCGACAUAUGUUAAGAAGGGACAGGCCUCUUGCCCCAAGGUUGGCAACCUUGCGCCAUGGCAGCCUCGGUCGCAUUAUUGGAAGGAUAUAUUGACAGCUUGGUGGGGUGAUUUGGAAGAUUGCAUGGAAUGGAUACAAUAG